CCCAUGAAACUUCUAGUUUGUUCUAGAGGACCUGAAUACGAGAAUUUUGGUUAUUAUGGGUUAAAUCCCAUAAAUACUAAAUUCUAUUUGGAGUCAUUUAUGUCUUUGAACUAUCCAACGACUCUUAAUUGUCCUUUCUGCGACAAGCAUUGAAAGAUGAGGCCUAAACAUAAUAUUAGGGAUCUUAGAGAAAAAAGAUUUUUCGAAAAAAUGAGUUAAGGAAAUGGUUGUGCUGAAAUAUUGCAAUCACGCUAUACAAUUGGAUAGGCGAAAAGAUUGAGGAAGAGUCAAUGGGUUGAGGUGAUGAAAAAAUGAAAAGGCAAAAGAAGAUGACCUUACACUAGAGGCAGUUUGAUUAUCAGUUUUUUUUUUUUGACAAGAAUUGUUUGUUUGGAUUUUUUGCAAGAAGUGUUUAUUUUGAGCUCUUUUUUUGUUUGGUACAAGUCAAGUGUGUAGUUGAAAAGUUGAAACAUGUUGAGAGGAAUAUCUUUGUAUUAUACUUAAAACAAACUUACUUUUCAGUUUACAUCACCACAAAUAUGAAAAUAUCAUACUUGGUGACACAAAACAGGAAAGAAACAACAAGUUAAACCAAAUUUAUCUUCUUUUCAAAAAUUUAUCCUUAUUGAUAAGGGUACACGUGUAACUAGCGUGCCCAAAAGCUAGUAUAUUACAUGGAACAGUCUCUUCUUCCCUCUUGAAUAAGGAAUGGAAUUAUUCGUCCUAAGUUACCUAUAAGCUUAGUAGCAUGUCUCUUGACUUGAACUGUGGCUUCGUUGUGAGUGCAGGACCAAGAGUAUUCUGCAUGCAGAGGUUUGCCGUGGAACGUCUAAGAAAUGAUAAAGUUGUUAGGUCACAUCAUUUCAAGCUUGAAAAGCUAAAGGUGCUGAGAAGUUCUAGUAGGAGGCAAUUCAGUUUCUUUGCCACUGCAGAGGACCAGUUGCCCAACAGUGAGCUUGAGGAAGAUGUUUCUGUGCAAGAAAGUGAACAUCCUAGUGUUGAAUACAUUGCCUUUGUCAGUAGUUCAAAUGCCCAACUUGAAGGUGCUGGUGGUAAGCCUGGGGUACUAUCAUUCUACAAUCGUCCUUACAGAAGGGAGGAGAAAAUCCUUGUGUCCACUGCUGCAAAGAACGAGAACAUUCUACUAUGGUUUGUCGGUCCAGCUGUCCUUGUAGCCUCUUUCAUCUUUCCCUCGCUUUAUUUGCGCAGGAUAUUAUCAACUAUAUUUGAGGACUCUUUGUUAACUGAUUUCCUCAUCUUGUUCUUCACAGAGGCUCUCUUUUACUGUGGAGCAGCAGUGUUUCUUCUCCUAAUAGAUCGUUUAAGGAGACCGCUUGAGCUAAUAUCUUCUGACAGGAAAACUAUGCCACCACUCGUAUAUAGAAUAUCUUCAAUUUCUGUACUAGCACUUAGUCUAAUAAUUCCAAUGGUGACCAUGGGGCUUGUCUGGCCAUGGACUGGUCCUGCAGCUUCUGCUACUCUUGCCCCUUAUCUUGUUGGUAUUGUUGUGCAAUUUGCUUUUGAACAGUACGCAAGAUAUAUUGACUCGCCUUCAUGGUCUGUUAUCCCAAUUGUUUUUCAGGUUUACAGGCUGCAUCAGCUGAAUAGGGCUGCACAACUAGUAACAGCCCUUUCUUUGACAGUAAGAGGAGCUGAGAUGACUGCACAGAACUUGGCAAUAAAUGGCUCAUUGAGCGCACUUCUAAAUGUCCUUCAAUUUCUUGGGGUAAUUUGUAUUUGGUCCCUUUCUAGCUUCAUCAUGAGAUUUUUCCCUUCUGCUACAAUGGCUGAGGGGUCUUUUGUGGUUGCGGCAGUUAUUUCUUCAGAUGGUCCCUGUUGUUGACUUGAUCUUUGUUGAAUGUGUAAGAAUAUGAGCACGGAAGCCUCUCAAACAUGUUUCACGCUUGCAGAAAAAAUCUUGGCAAAUGAAGAAACGCGAAGGUGCAGAGCUGCUAAUCAUAUUGUCACCUGUUCUGUUUUUAUUCAAUAGGCUGAGAAUUUGGACAGCACGCACAAAGGAGUUUUACUUCAUGGUUCUUUCAUGUACAGCUUAAAUUUUAUAAUGGGUAUCUUCUGCAAUUGCAAGUAGAUUGCUAGACUACCAUAGUAAUCAUUGUUUUACAUAUAUUGUAUCCAAAUAGAUUUGCAAUUGCAUGUAUUUAACUCUUUGACUCGCUUCUCCUA